CUGAUGACAGGGACUGAAGCCUCAGUGUGUGCCUGCCUAGCUCAGAACAAGGUGAUUGCUGCUUUUUAGCAGAUUUUCAAGAUGGAACUCAGGAAGGACUGGAAGUCCCUGCUCCACUUUUUCAUAUGUACUGAAGACAAGAGGCCUCAGAAACAGUUGUAGGUCAACUACCAAGGGCAAAAAUAUUACCUGGCUAAGCCUCCGGAUGACUGAGCUCCACGAAUGCUACCAGGGUCACUGAGGGAAACACCAACGCUGGAGAAGUCCAACUCAGGAGUUCAUGUGUGAAGCAACCUUAGCAGCCCUGCGGAGAGCACACUCCCCAAACUGCAUUGCUAGGCCAUGCUCAUGAACAAAGCUUAAGCUUCUGAAAGUUCGGAGGCCGGCUGUCCUGAACCUUCACCUUUGCCUUCUGAAGGCUUCCUGUCUGCCUAUAGAGACAGAUUUAGGUCAUCACUGAGAUCAGUUCCAGAAAUUUACCCAUAACUGGAGACACUUGCCUGAUAAGCAUCUCUCAAGCCCAAGUCUGGAAAGACGAACUGGAAGCCAGAGUUAAUACUUGGUCGAUGGAGUCGCUGACUGCCGAGGCCAGAACCUUGCUUCUGUCCCCAGCAGCCUCCCAUCCCAUUCCCGGAUGCUCGUUCUGGAUGCCAACCCUCUCAAGGUCCUGUGGAAUCAUUCCCUCCAGGCCUACCCACACCUGGAGAACCUCAGCCUGAGCAGCUGUCACCUGGACCGUAUUGGCCGCUACGCCUUCCAAGAGCAAGGCCGCUUACUCAGCCUGGGUCUGGCGGACAACCGCCUCUCAGAGAACUACAAGGAGACGGCGGCAGCUCUCCACACCCUGCUGAGACUUCGAAGGCUUGACUUGUCUGGAAACUCCCUGACUGAAGACAUGGCUGCCCUCAUGCUUCAGAACCUUUCCUCGCUGGAUUCUGUAUCCUUGGCAAGGAACACCCUCAUGAGGCUUGAUGACUCUGUCUUUGAGGGCCUGGAGCACCUCAAGGAGCUGGAUUUGCAGAGGAAUUAUAUCUUUGAGAUCGAGGGCGGUGCGUUUGAUGGCUUGACUGAGCUGAGACGCCUCGACCUCGCCUACAACAACCUCCCCUGCAUCGUGGACUUCAGCCUCACGCAGUUGCAGUUCCUCAACGUCAGUCACAACAUCCUGGAGUGGUUCCUGGCAUCCAGGGAGGACGAGGACCGAGCCUUCGAACUGGAGAUGCUGGACCUGUCCCACAACCAGCUGCUCUUUUUCCCCCACCUGCCCCAGUGCAGCAAGCUCCACACGCUCCUGCUACGGGACAACAGCAUGGGCUUCUACAGGGAGCUGUACAAUGCCUCCUCGCCACAGGAGAUGGUGGCGCAGUUCCUUCUUGUGGAUGGCAACGUGACUAAUAUCACCACUGUCAGCCUCUGGGAAGAGUUUGCCUCCAGCGACCUGUCAGCGCUUCGCUUCCUGGACAUGAGCCAGAACCAGUUCCGGCACCUGCCAGAUGGCUUCCUAAAGAAGACACCUUCCCUUUCCCAUCUGAACCUCAACCAAAACUGCCUGAAGAUGCUCCACAUCCGGGAGCAGGAGCCCCCGGGGGCGCUCACUGAGCUGGACCUGAGCCACAACCAGUUGGCAGAGCUGCAGCUGGCUCCGGGGCUCACUGGCUCCCUCAGGAACCUCCGGGUGUUCAACCUGAGCUCCAACCAGCUCCUGGGGGUCCCCGCUGGCCUUUUUGACAGUGCCAGCAACAUCACUACAAUUGACAUGAGUCACAAUCAGAUCUCGCUUUGUCCAAAGAUGGUGCCCUUAGACUGGGCUGGGCCAUCUGGUUGUGUGGAUUUCAGAAAUAUGGCCUCCUUGCGGAGCCUUUCCCUGGAUGGCUGUGGGCUGAAGGCAUUACGAGACUACCCCUUCCAGGGGACCUCCCUCACCCAUUUAGACCUGUCCAGCAACUGGGGGAUUCUGAAUGGGAGCAUCAGCCCUCUCUGGGCACUCGCCCCUACCUUACAGGUCCUGUCGCUCAGGGACGUGGGCCUCGGUCCUGGCGCUGCAGAGAUGGACUUCUCCGCGUUUGGGAAUCUGAGGGAGCUGGACCUGUCAGGAAAUUCCCUGACCAGCUUCCCGAGGUUCAGGGGCAGCUUGGCCCUGCAGACUCUUGACCUCCGCAGAAACGCUCUCACGGCCCUACCCCAGAGGGCUGUGUCCGAGCAGCCUCUGAGGGGUCUGCAGACCAUCUACCUCAGCCAGAACCCUUACGACUGCUGUGGGGUGGAGGGCUGGGAGGCCCUACAGCGCUUCCAGACUGUUGCCGACCUGGCCAUGGUCACCUGCAACCUCUCUUCCAGGAUCAUUCGCGUGGUGGAGCUGCCCGAAGGCACGCCCCGGGACUGUAGGUGGGGGCAGGUGGACCUCGGCCUGUUCUACCUCGUGCUCGUCCUGCCCACCUGCCUCACCCUGCUCGUGGCCUGCACUGUCAUCUUCCUCCUUUUUAAGAAGCCUUUGCUCCAGCUUAUCAAGAGCCAGUGCCGCUGGUCCUCCAUUUACUGAGCCUCGGGCCAAGGCCAGAAGCUUGCCAGCUGAGCCAAAGGAGGCUUCCGCUCUGCUGGACCUUCACGUCUGCAGGUGUCCGGUUGGAGGUUCGGUUAAAAAUUUAAAAGAUUCCCACCCUCCGUCCCAUAAAAUUCUCCUCAUCGUCCUGGUGAAAUAUUUAUUAAGUGACAUUCUGUGAGAAUAAAGGGCCAGCCUCGUAAAUACUUUUAAAAUCGGA